AUGACUGGAGCUGCACCCACUCCAACGCCUAUGGUGAGUAACCCAAAACUUGUUGCAUCUGAUGGUCAUUCAUUGUUUGCUGAUGGUCAGCUAUAUCGAAGUACAGCUGGCAUGCUUCAAUACCUCUGUGUAACAUGUCUUGACUUGGCUUUUUGCGUUAACAAACUAAGUCAAUAUAUGAAUUCUCCUAGUAAUGAUCAUUGGAAAGCAGUAAAACGUGUUCUGAGGUACCUUAUCGGGACUAUGGAUCAUGGUUUAUUUUUUUCAAGAGGACAGUGUAAGUUGGUGGGUUACUCGGAUGCUGAUUGGGCUGCCUCAGUUGAAGAUAGGCGGUCUACCAAGGGGUAUGUGAUUUAUCUUGGCUCCAAUCCAGUUGCAUGGUGUUCCAAGAAGCAAUCAGUUGUAUCCAGGUCGUCUUCUAAGGCUGAGUAUUGUAGUUUAGCUAAUUAUGUUGCUGAAUUAUUAUGGAUUAAGCAGUUGCUAGAUGAAGUCGCGGUAUCUCUAUGUCAAACACUAGUUAUCUGGUGUGACAACACUUCUACUGUGUCUAUGGACGCCAAUCCAACACAUCAUGCUCGCAUGAAGCACGUUGAGAUUGACCAUCAUUUCAUACGAGAAAAAGUAACUGCAGGUGCUCUACAGGUGAAUUUUGCUCCCUCUGCAAGACAUAUAGCUGAUGUUCUCAUAAAACCCAUACCUCCAAAACAGUUUGCUGGUUUUUGA